AUAAAUACUUCAAAAUGUACAGCUGAUGAAGAUUAACUCAUAGAACAAAACGUAUAUGAUCUCCUAAACCUGUGUUUACCACAGACCUUUGGCGUUUAUACAAAACCCCCAUUCAUUUCCCCAUAUGCUUUGGCCAACGAGACAUGGCAGUGUUAGCCACUGUCAGUGGCUACAAAAAGACGCCAUUCUCUUUAUUGCAACUAUGUUCUAGCCAGGACAUGGAUAUAUUGAGGUUAGGAACAUUUCUUACGUGCCGUGAGCUUGGGCAUUGGUGAAGGUAGGUCAAUUGGCGUUAUCAAUGCUUUGCGGCCUCCCUUAUCUAUUUCAUGACUCGGCUGUAAAUGAACGACUUGUUAUAAUAUUAACUCAGAAAAACAAAAGACUUCCCCCAGGCUCUUCAAUCCUCUAAGCAGCAGGGCAAAAUAAUAUGUAUUUCGAGACUGGGGAAAACAACAACGAACAACCCACUUAAUUUAUAGGAUGUCACCGCUACUGACGCUCGCGCUAGGACUAUUUGUAUGUCUGCCUCUGCUGGAGUUUGGGGCAGGGGCGCGACUGUCUCUCAGUGGCACAGUGAGAACACCAUGGAAUAUGACAGACAGGAUAUCAAAUGGAAGCCGACAAGAGGGAUCGACAUCUGAACAUUUAGAUGAGGCUUUUGAAGAGCAGGUCUUCUACUUGCAGCGUCUGUUCCAUCAUUAUGGAGAAAACGGGACCCUGUCCUAUAAGGGCCUGCAGAAGUUAUUGGGCAGCCUGGGACUAGGGCAGGUCAGUGUGUUGGAGAUCAGCCACCGAGGGUCGAGGCACAACCAUAACACUCUGACACCACCUCCCCCUCCAAAUACACAAUCUCAUGACCAUGACGAUCAGGAAACAGACACCCCCAGUCCAAGGAGGCCUAUUCAACCAUCCCCCUCUGCAAACGCAGCCAGAACCCCACACCCUGGGAUAUCGGGGUCUGCUGGAUCUAGGUCUAAAGAGGGCAACACAUUAUCCUCUGAUCACGUGAUUAAGGAAGAGGUCCUUCCGUGGUCAUCCCCUAUUGCACACACUAUUCCUGUCCAAGGAAUGUUUGACUCCCUUGUGUCAAAUCACCCCACUCAGAGGCAUCUUCAUGGGAACUGUCUGAACGUUACUCAGCUCUUGUGGAAUUUCGGUCUGGGAAAGGCAUCCCACAUCACUCCUGCCCACUUCACCCUCUUGUGCCCAGCUCUGCUGUACCAGAUUGAAAGUGGUGUUUGUCUACGCCACCCAGAGACUGAUGGGGCAGAGUCAGAAAGGAGUGUGACUUUCCUCAAAGCUUUGGGAUGGAGCUCCUUAGCUCUGGCUGUGAUCAGCCUGCCGUCUCUGCUGUCUUUGAGCCUGGUUCCCCUUCUGCCCCCUGCCCGCCUACGCUCCUUCCUCUGCCCAAUGACAGCCUUGGCUGUGGGGACGCUGUGUGGCGAUGCCAUGCUGCAUCUCCUGCCUCAUGCCAAGACUGGGCCACUCUCAAGCCACUCUGAAGAACAGGACUCCAUACUGAAGGGCCUUUGUGUGCUGGGAGGGUGCUACCUCCUCUUCAUCUUUGAGAGCCUUCUAGGACUGAGGACCCAUUAUAAGAAGGCUAAGAGGAAGAGGAUGCAGCAGAACACCAGUCUAAAUCCUGACCCAGAGAGGGAGCUUACUGCUCUGCAGAGCCCCACCAUUCCUGAGCAGACACAUCCCUCUGAGCAGCACAGUCAUGGUCAUUCACACGGCCCGCCUGGCCAGGAGCAGGUUGGGAUAGGAAGCUUGGUGUGGAUGGUGGUUAUGGGAGAUGGGGUCCACAACCUUACUGACGGACUGGCCAUUGGUGCAGCAUUCUCUCAGAGUCUGGCUGGAGGUCUCAGCACCACUGUAGCUGUGUUCUGCCAUGAGCUUCCUCACGAGCUAGGUGACCUGGCAGUGCUGCUGGGAGCAGGGUGGCCUGUUCGCAGACUGGUUCUCUUCAGUGCUGUGUCAGCCCUACUGGGCUUCAUGGGCUUGCUAACUGGCUCUGUCCUGGGCCACCAGUCAGCCCACAUCUCCCCCUGGAUCCUCACCCUCACCGCUGGGGUCUUCCUCUAUGUGGCCCUCGCUGACAUGUUGCCCGAGAUGCUUCAUGGUGAUCCUGGCCCGAUGGGACCCUGGACUCGCUUCCUGCUACAGAACCUAGGCUUGUUGGCAGGGGGUGCGAUCAUGCUGUGUAUCGCUCUGUUUGAGGACCAUAUCGCCUUCAACCUGGGUGACGUCUGAUUCAAUGGGAAGGAUAUGAGUGGAUCAGAUUCUAAAUCACCUGAGGUUCUGAUGGUGAUUGUAAACCACUGGAUUGGAUACUCUUUCAACUGAAGUGCAAAUGGCCAAUACCAAAUGACUUCUUAUCAGAGUAGACUUCGGUCCAGGAGGUAAUUUACAUUACUUUACUACUAAAGGCUGAAAAACAUGAUUUAAGAUGACCUCAAUAAGUACCAGCUUCGCUUUCAGAGCACUCUGGACGUGUUUACGCCGACAGCCCAAUUCUGAUCUUUUGCCCAAUUAUUGGGAAAAGAUCUGAUCUGAUUGGCCAAAAGACCAAUUAGUGGAAAAAGAUCAGAAUUGGUCUGUGUAAACAUCCUCUGAGGCAUGAUAUUUUACAUUUAGCAAAUGCUCUUAGCCAGAGUGACUUACAUUUCUUGUUUGUCCCCCGUGGGAAUUGAACCCACAAUCCUGGCGUUGAAAGCACCAUGCUCUACUAACUGAGCCACACAGGAUGAUGGUUAAUGUAAACCACACGUGGAAGUCAGCCUUGCAGGACUAGAUGAGAUGAUACUCUGCUGAACCUUACAUUUUUUUAAUGUACUAUGCUACUUGUUUUUUACUGUUUCUAUAUGAACAUUGAUUUCCAUUUCUGUAAUAAAUCAAUGGGAGUCAAUCCUAUUAUUUCAGAAUGAUUUGCAGUGGUUGAACCACACAGGCAGGAAUAGAAGAAUGUAAAGCAUAUGAAGUUUCAAUAUCCAAUGAAAUGUCUUGUUAAAAUCUUGAAUACUGUAUAACCAUGUCAGCAAUUCACCAAUAAAUGUGGCCUUUUUAUAUCUGA